AUGGACGUUGCCACGCUCGUGGCGCAGAUGAACGAGGCCCUCGCGUCGAUCCACUCGACGAUUGAGGGUCUGUCGACAUCUGCAGCCGAGAGCGACACAAAGCUCGACGAGCUCGAGCAGAAGCGUGACAUGACGAUCGCAGAGCUGAAGGCGGCCUACGAAAAAGAGCGAGAAGAGCUCGCGGCCGCGCACCAGAAGGAGCUGGAAGACAUUGCCGAGCAAAGGCGAAAAGAAGAUGAAGAGCGAGAAGCCCGUCGCCGGCGGGAAGACGAGGAACUCGCAGCCCGCAAGGCCAAGGAGGACGAAGAGAAGCAAGGCACUUUUGAUACCACUACCCGUAAUGUCGAAGACGAGAUAGACGACCUCAUGGACAGCAUUGAGGAAGAGACGGCCAAGACGAUUUCAGAGGGCGAAGCGAAAUUGGCAGAACUUGAGGCCAAGAGAACGGAACUCAACCGCAUGAUCGAGGAGCAGAUGAAGGCCGCGGUGCCUCCGGUCCCAACGCGAAAACGUGCGAGAACAGGGCGGCGAUCAGGCACCGUCCCAUCCGCGGAACCGUCUCCAUUACCUCCGCCCGAAACCCCCGCCGAACCAGCCGCAGGGGACAAAAGCAUAGACGAGGAGAAGCCCGCCGAGAACGGUGCCGUGCCCGAAGAGAAGGCCGAGGCGCCGGCCGAGGAAGACAAAACCCCCGAAGGUGAUAAUUCCCAGCCACAAACCGAAGAACCAGUGGCUGAAAAGAGCUUGGAGGAGACCACUAGCACCGAGAAGGAGGCGGCACCGGCUCCCGAAGCCGAGGCUGAGGUUGAGGCCGAGAAGGCUCCCGAGGAGGAGCCUGUCGCUGAGGAGGCCGCACCGGAAGAGGCUCCCGAGCCCGCGCCCACGGAAGACAAUAAGGAAGAGCCCGCUGUUCCCGAGGAAAGCCAAGAAAGCGCCCCGAUUGAUGAAGAGGAAGCUUCUGCUGAGCCUUCCGCUGAAGCCCGAGAUGCCGCUGCCGACGACGAGAAGCAUGAUGCGGUUGAGGUCAGGGGCCUGGCUGUGGAGACUCCGGAGACAGCGCCUGUCAAAGACGCUCCUGUCGCCGAGGAGCCUUCUACCGAAGAGCCGGCAACAGAGGAGCCGGCAACAGAGGAGACUGCGGCAGCUGAGGAGACCGCAACGGCAGAUCAAGGCGAUGAUGCCCCACCACCAGAAGAGUCUACAGAGGAACCUUCCCCCGAAGAAGCUCCCGCUACUGAAGAAGUCCCCAUCGCCGAGGGCGCUCCCGCCGCUGAAGAGCCUGCAACAGGGGAGCCUGCAGUGGAAGAGACUCCCGCUGAAGACGCAUCUGCGACCGACAAGGAAGCCCCCGUAGAGGCGGCCGUGGAAGAGGUUACUGUGGCAGAGGAAGCGCCUGCUGCCGAAGAAUCCGCAGCAGAGGAAGCCCCGGCAGAAGAAGUCCCGGCAGAAGAAGUCCCGGCAGAAGAAGUUCCGGCAGAGGAAGCUCCGGCAGAAGAGGUUGCGAGCACCAAGGAGCUAGCAGCCGAGGAGCCUCCUGCUGAUGAUCUACCUCAUGAUGAUGCACCCGCUCCCGAGGAGGCUCCAGCUGAAGACACCCCAGCCGUGGAAGCACCCACAGAGCAGACAGCUGCGGUUGAGGAAACCCCCACUGUCGAGGAAUCCACUGUCGAAGAAAAUCAACCAGCUGCAGAAGCUUCAGCCGAGGAAGCCCCCAAGGAGGUUGUCACCGCUGACGAGGCUGCUCCCGAACCCAUCGAGGAAGUUUCUGAUGAAGCCCAACCGACGUCGGAAACUCCAGAAGAGGAUGCUUCCAAGGAGGGGCCUGUCGCCGAAGAUGCACCUGCUGAAGAUGCACCUUCUGAAGAGGCUAUCGCUGAAGAAGCUAUCGCCGAAGAAGCUACGCCGACAGCCGACCCCGAGGAUUCUGCCCCAGCGGAGGAGGCCAAGACGUCCGAAGAGAGUGCCCCUGCUGAGGACCCUGUGGCAUCUGAGACCGAUGUUCCCAGCCAAGACGAUGCACCUGCCGAGACCGUUCAACUCACCGAGGAAGCGACCGAAAACGCUGAGGAGGAGGCGACACCAGCCGAGGCUGCCUCCCACGAGCCAGCACCUGAAGCAAGUGAAGAUGCGGCUAAGGCCGAAGAAGUUGUUGCAAAGGACGCCCCAGUUGAUGAAGCCGCACCUGAAGCGGCCCCAGAAGUUGCGGAAGAUGAUACCCCGAAGCAAGCAGACGAGGAGCCUGAAGAUACUAGUGCCGAGGAAGUUUCUCAAGAGAGAUCGCUGCCUGAGAUCUCGAUGAAGGCUGUCGAAGAUGAGCCCGCCGCGGGGGAGGCUCCAGUCGCAGACAACAGCGACCCUGUCGAAGAGGAGGCUGCACCAGCGGCGGACCAGGCCGAUGAGGAUGUGUCUCCUGAUGCAGCAAAGGACCGGGACCUGCCGGAGGUCGAAACCAAGGCUGUUGACGUAGAGCCAAUCCAAAAAGAGUCAGCAUCUCAAGAGGAGGAUGCGCCGGCUCAAGCUGAGAAGGCGGCUUCUGAUGAAGAUCCAGCUGCCGAUGAAGCCGUCUCAUCAGAGGAUGCUAAGCCUGUCGAAGCUGCAUCCACAUCCGCAGAAGAUGCUGCGACCGAGCCGGCGGAGUCAAGCGAAGAACCCCAUGAGGAUACCGCUGCUACCGAGGACGCCAAGGACCCGGGAACGCCUCUUGAUUUAGCACCAGCAGAAGAAGAAGCCCAUGCUCAAGAUGAGGUAGCUGCUGCAGACAUUGAAGCACCGGAUGCCACUCUGGCUGAAGAUGAGACUUCUACCAUUGAGAAGUCUGCUCUUGAAGAAGAGGCGCCGGCAGCGGAUGAUGCUCCUAGCCAGGAUGAGGUUCCUAGCUCAGAGGAAAUCGAGCCUGAGCAUGCACUACCUACCGAGGAGACACCUGCCGAUGAGGCUUCUUCUGAAGCAGUUCAUGUCGAAUCAGAGGACCCAGCGGAAGACAAGCCCGAGCCAAAUACUGAUGCGCCUGCCCCAGAGCAAGCUGCCGACGAGGAGACGGCCGAUGCAGCGACUGUCGAGCCGGCCGCUGAUGAGUCGGCUGUUGAUGAGCCGGCUGUUGAUCAGAACGUCGCUGAGGAGAACGUCGCGGAGGCAGCUGCCUCGGAUGACGCCGAGGUCGCGAAGGAUGUGACUCCCACUGAGGAAGCGGAUUUAGAUCAAGCCGUGCCCGAAGCAGCAUCAGCUGAAGAACAACCAGCAGCUGAAUCGGAAGAGCCUGCAGUCCAAGAUGCUGCAGCUGAUGCUGAUGAAGCUGCGGUUGAGGAAGAUGGAGAGACCGCCCGUGCCGCCCCGGAAGACGAACCUAGCAAGGAGACUGUCACAGCCGAAGAAGAGGCACCCGCGGAAGAGCCAAGCACCGAAGCACCAGCUACCGGAGAGGUCGAAGCCCAGGAUGCCAGCGAGGAGCAAGCCGAUGCUAUCCAAACCCAGGACACCGAUGCAAUGGCAACCAAGGAGAUUGAUGAGCCUGCAGCAUCCCCCAAGGAGGACACUGUCCAAGCUCAGCCUGACCCUGAAGAGACAGAAGCCGAAGUCAGUGAAGCACCCCCGACAACCCAAGAGGAGGAAGAGCCCGAGCCAACCACUGCCAGCAAAGAUCUUGACGAUGGAGAUUCCGAAUACCGGGACGCUUCACAUCCGCCAGAAGAACAACUCACUGGUGGUGUCGUUGACACAGCUAAGGACGAUUCCACUGCUGGGCCUUCUGACGUCGCCGCCGACGCCCCUACCGAUUCUGGCUUGACGGAAGCCGCUGCUGAGCCUGAGGGUCAUGUCGAAGAUGAAAAGGUCGAGGUUGCCCCGGCUCCAGCUGAGCAUGGCGCAGACGCAGAGGGUCUUGCAGUUUCUGCAGCUCCUGCGGAUGAGUCUGUCGCUAUCGAGGCAGAUGACUCUGUUGUUAGCGAUGCCCAUGCCGAUACCGAAGAACCUCAGCCCUCUACUGUUGACGCUGACAAGGAGGAGGCAGAGCACGCCGACGCUACUCUUUCAUCGACCGAGGAGGUAGCUGCUCAUGCGGAUAGCUUCGAACCUGUUGAAGACAAAGCGAAUGCAGACGCGAGCGAGGAAACACCCACAGCAGACGUACCGGAUCAGCAUGAGACUGUAGAAGAGACUCCCGCCAUCUCGGGUGAUCUUGGACACGACGAGGGGAACAAGGAUCUGGAGGACGCGCAAGUCGUCGACAGCCAGGCAGAUGCCGCACCAGAGACACUCGCCCACGGAGAUGGAGACGAAGUGGACGUUCACGAGCGUAGCGUCUCUCUCGAUGAGCCUGAAUCACCGCCAGCCGAGGUCCAUGAUGUCAGUCAAUCCGAAGACCAUCGCGGUCACGACGACGAGGAUGCAGCAAUGAAGGCUCCACCUGGUCGCGAAGUUGACGUGGAAAACGAUGCCCCUCAGCAUGACUCCGACCAUGGUGAAUUUGAAGUUGUCGAGGCGCCCCAUGAUGACGCUGCUUCCGAUGAGGUUGAUCAAUCUCAUGGGCCCGACCUUUCCGUCAUCACGGAGCACACUGAGCCUGCUGCAUCCGCAGCUGGCGACUUCUCUGGUCCAGCGGCAAAGGCCGAGGAUGACCUCCAUCCUGUGUCUCUCAGCCGGAAUGUGUCUGAAGCGCCGGACGCAGCUAUCGAGAGUUAUUACGUGACCGAGCCCACGGGCAUGGCUACGGACGACAGCUACGUGCAAGAUCAACAACAAGAGAGCUUCACGCCCAGUCAUACCUUUGUUGAUGGUCACUUUGACACCAGACAGGUUCACUUCAAUGAAGAGGAAGACGACGACGACUCCUCUCCAGUUCUUAGUGUCAGGGAUGAUGAUAGCGACGCCGAUGAGCCCGCAGAGACCUCUUACAACCCAUUCACCAGGGCCAGAGCCGGUUCUACAGCCCACGCGCAGCCGACAUUCCAUUCACAGGACAUGCCGUACAAUCCUUUCGCUUUGCAGACGGUCAUCGAGGAAGAACCACCCCGGGAGACGACCAACCCUUUUGCGAGAAGCCCAAGCAGAGAGCCUCAAGAGGACUCAACUAACCCGUUUGCACGUAACACGCCUAGUGCUGCAGACUUCCUCCGUUCCGCCAGCGCUCUAAGCAACCACCAGCCUUCUUCUCCCGAAGAGACGUUUGCUCGGUCUCCGAGUGCUCAAGGAUUUCGCCGUGAUAGCGUGAGCUCCAACAACCCAUUCGCUAGAAGCACGACUCCUGUCGAUCGAAGCUUUUCACCGGCCCUAAGUACUCCUGGACGACAACGUGCACCUAGCAACCCGUUCGCUCGGAGCACCACACCGCAGGAGAGCUACCCACUAGCAGAAGAGAGCGACUCCGAAGAUGAAGAGGCCAUGAUGGCGGCAGAGUCCGCGUACAAGAACCUGUUCCCUGUCAACCAGUCGCCCGAGACUGCGAAUGAUGGCUUCGUGUCCGCCGCUCAGUCAAUCGAACGCCGCCAGCCUACGCCGCAGGUCCCUGAGUCGAUAUACAACAACCCCUUCGCCAGAAGCACUGCAUCUGACCAGAGCUUCCUGCCCACCGCAAGUACUUUGGGACAAGCCCAACCAGAUGCCUCGUACAACCCAUUCGGGGCAAGGAGUAGCACUGUUGGUGGCGAUGUCGAUGAGUCCAUGUUCGACCAAGGUUAUCAUUCUGCCGUUGGAGGGCACGAGUUUGCGGGUGAAGGUGUGAUGGAUUCUUCCCAGCAGUUUGUUCAAGACAACAGCGCAUUGUCUGCGAGGCACCUUGCUCCGGUCACUUUGGAUAGCAUCCAAGAGCGAUACAAUAGUGAACUGGAGGAUAUGGAUUCCGACUCUGAGGAGCCCGAGAGUCUCACCACCUCCCAGCAGCUGCCGGCUUCGCAACAGCGAGCUCCUCCUCCUCUGCCAAGCAUUGCAGAGCGGUCCCGUCAAGGGUUCGACGACUCUUCUGAAGAAGAGGAGGACUGGGAUGCUCGUGCUCCUCAGCCCAGCCAGAUCAAUACUUUGUUGACAUCUUCACCGUACAGAUCGAGCCCCCCUCCCCCUCCCCCUCCCCCUCCGCGUGUUUCUAGUUCCCAGGGCCGCUAUGAACAAAAAGUCGAAGACUCAUCCGAGGAUGACGGCGACAUCUUUCACGCACAAUCGCCAGCACAGCCAAACCCACUCUCAUCAUCGCAGUAUAGGGCAACUCCUCCACCACCUCCUCCGCCACGCGCGCAAAGUUCACAGGGUCACUACGCUCAACAACCACUGGAAGACUCAUCGGAAGAGGAGCAAGCCGACUGGGACGACGCCUUCGAGCCCGCGCAGCCUAGCACAUUCCCGACCUCGCAGUUUGGAUCUACGCCCCCGAGUCCACCUCCGAUUCCACCACCCCGUGCCCCCAGUUCCCUGUCACAGAGCCACUACAACGUUGAGGACUCGGACGAGGAAGACCAAGGUGUCUUGCGCUCUGCCGCUGCCCAAUCCAAUCUUCUUCCCAGUGCGCUGUCACCGUCUGGAUAUCGGGCGACUCCGCCGCCACCACCACCGCCGCGUGCCCCCAGCUCUCAAGGCUUCUAUCAUCAAGAGCAAGCGGACUCAAGUGAGGACGAACACCCCUUCAGCCACGACAUUGCUCGACCUGGUCAGUUCCCCAUUUCAUCAUCAUCUCAAUUCAGGGCCACACCGCCCCCACCCCCGCCUCCGCGGGUAUCAAGCUCGCAAGGUCAAUACCGCCAGGAGAUUGAGGAUUCCAGUGACGAACAGGAGGAGGACGCCUGGGCCGUUCGGCCUAGCCAGAUACCAAAUCUAUCGACGUCGCAGUUCAGGGCGACCCCGCCGCUGCCUCCGCCUCCGCGCGCCCCCAGCGCACUGGAUCGUUACCGUCAAGAAGUUGAAGACUCCGACAGCGAGGAGAAUGAGGAGGCAUGGGAAGCUAAUCGAUAUGGCCAGACAACGAGCAUGAUGGGAGCAAGCAACCUGAUGGGGACCAACCUGAUGGGGACCAACCAGAUGGGAGUCGACUCGACGAGAUCAGCAAGCUCGCUGGGCGCGAGUCCGAUGAGAGCCGCCAGCCCACUGCAAUCGACGAGUCCGUUGUCGAUCAACCCGAUGAGGGCACCCAGUCCCUUGGCAUCGACAAGUCCAAUGAGGACGGCCAGCCCACUGGCGCAGAGCAACCCGAUGGAGUCAGCAUUCAGGGAGUCGGUACCGGCAACAAGCAGUCAGGACCUACAAAGUCAUCAAAGAGAAGAAGGCGGGGAAGAAAGCGAUGAUUCAUGGGAGAACAUUGGUAAGCGCGGCGGUGACGAGAUCAGCCCGGUCGACGAGAGGUUCACCACCGCCAUGCCUACACCACAACUGCGCGUCGACAGCUACGAGCAGCAGUGGCCGAACGCGAGCAAUGACCAGAUUUCCACGGCAUCGACGUAUCUUCAGCCAGCUGGACCAGGAGACUUUACGGAUUCUGAUUCACAACAGUACGCCACCCCGUUGGCUUCGGCAGGGUUCAGCGCGUCUUCACAGUAUACGCAAGGGGCCCUGGGCUCGCCCCGUCACCCAGAUUCCAUCGGCAACAAGGAUGUCUAUGAUCAGACGUACAACCGAGGAGGCACUAGCUCUCUCUACGGUCAAGCGCACGAGACUUCGCUCGCCGACGAGCUUGCCCAAGACGACGACUCGGAUGAUGACAGCGAGUAUGACCACUCGGAAGCCCCGGCCUUCCUCACCCAGAUAAACACUGCCCAACAACAACAGCAACAGCAGCAGCAGCAAUCAUCAAACGAACCUGUGCUGACGCAAGUCAUUGACUCGUUCGACAGCGAUGAAGAUGACGGCCCCAAGACCGCGGUCAUGCAACCGGAUGAUCACCCGACGCAGUAUGCCUCUUCCCGCUUCGGAGCUUCAACAUGGCGGGAUGAGCUCCGUUCACCCACCGUGUUCGGCGCGACGAGGCACAGCCGCUCGGGGUCUCUCUUGAGGGAGGAGGUGCAGAAGUCGCUUCAUCAAGAGGCCACUGCUGGCUACUCGUCUCCUCUACGGUCCGCUUACGAGCCUGACACUCGCGUUGAGGACUCGUACGGAGGAGAGCAGGUUCAGAUGCAUAGCCAGGACUUUUACGGACAGCAACCAGUCGAGACUUACGCGCAAGACCCUUAUGCCCAUCAGCAGUACGGUCAAUCGCAGUUUGGACAAGACCAGUUCGAGGCGCAACCUUACGGACAAGCAUAUCCCCAGCCACCAUAUGGACAAGCGACUUCGUGGCAGCCCGAGGUACAGGUUUCCGAGGUACAGGCGGAAGAGGAGCAUGAGCAGACAACUCCGCAGUUGGCACCACAGCAAAGUGAGCAAGCACCGGACAUCAGCCCCUUAGCAUUGCGUCAGGAGGAGUCACCGGCGACGCCCUCGUCGUCGCAGGGGACACCCUCUCGUGGACUUGCGUUCAGCAGGCACAAUCCUGACCGACCGCAGACUCCGCCUACUAUGCAAGCCGAAGGGGAUUUUGAUCCCGAGCUCAUGGUCCCGCGCGAUGUGACCAACGUCCCCUGGCACGCCCGGGCCGACUCGGUGCCUCACUCGAUGCGAAGCCAGAGCACACUCGACUCUGUCGCGUCAUCGCCGAUUCAUUCGGCGUUGCACGCUGACAAGCACGAGCCGGUGAUUCGGGACUCGUGGCCGGCUUCCGUCCAUCACCUGAACUUGACGAGGCCACGCAAUGACUCUUCGCUCACUGACCGCGAAGAAUAUGAUCCAUUCAGAGAUGGUGAAGACGCCGCAAAGGCAGCUCGUGGACCCUCGGGUUCCGUGGGCUCUAGUUCAGACAGCCCUCCGCGGAACGCGGCCACGAACAACUCACCUGGAAGUCUGAUCAGUAGAAUGCGCGGCAUCUUCGAGAACAACCAAGCCAAGCAAGAGCCGGCCAGCCCGGUCCGAUCACGGCCGGUGUCGGGUGUGUUUCACUCCGUCCGGCGCAGCAAGCCCGGCGGCGGCGGCGACGACGUCGAGGACCGGGGAUACGAGCGCAAAGCAGGGUUUCUCAACGAAGCCGAAGACGAGGUUGACGAGCAGAGCGCACUCCUACGAAGCUCUGCUGGCGGGUUGGAGGCAAAUUGA